GGAGAUGCGGUGCUCUCAUCAUGGCGGGAUGCAUGAAAAUGAUAAACGGUUUUACCCUCACAAGUGCUAAAUUAUCAGUUUUCACGGUGCUGCUCAUCUGUUUACAUCAAACCUCAGGGGACCGGGAUACGGGUGACAAAUAUCCGAUAACUGAUCUCCAGGAUGGAGACGAGUACGUCAUGUCAGGGCCCAACAGGUUCUGUUACAAAAGCACUUUGGUGCCAACAUGGAGGCAAACAUGGACAAGAAUUCAGGUCAAAGUUUGGAGUUCAAACGUAUUUAAGGUGGCGACUGUGGAGGGUGAGGAGGAGCUGCAGGAGUUGGAUCGCUUCAGUUUCUGGGGCUGGUUUCAGAGUUUGUUACGUGAGCGGCACAAUGAAACCACUAUUAACAUCAAUCUGUUCAGCAAGAAGACAUGCUUCAAGAUCGAUCCUGCUGACAAAACUAAGUACACCGUCAAGCACCUGCGCAAGUUUGAUAUCUAUCUGUUUUUGGUAUUCUUCGCUGGGGCAUUGUUGUUCCUCUUUGCAGGAUCACUAAGCAGGAGUCAAGUUUUCUUCUACUCUGCUGGUAUGAGCACAGGCAUGAUUGCCUCUCUCAUCAUCCUCGUUUUCAUUUUGGCACGCUUUUUGCCAAAGAAAAGCCCGUUUUAUGCGUUGAUUGUUGGCGGCUGGUCGUUUUCUGUGUAUGCCAUCCAGCUCGUCUUUAGGAACCUUGGCAUAAUUUUGCGAGAGCACUGGAACGUGGUAUUAGGUUAUGUCGGAGUGGUGGGAUUCAUCACUUUUGCUGUGUGUUACCGUUACGGUCCUCUGGUGGAUGAGAAGAGCAUCAACAUCUUGUCAUGGACACUGCAGCUGUUUGGCCUUCUCCUAAUUUAUUUAGGAAUUCAAAUUCAGCAAGUUGCGUUCGCUGUCAUCGUGGCAGCUUUGCUCUCCAAACAUCUGGAGUACCCGGUCUUUUUGGCAGUGGCUGCAUGGAGGAAAAUCAGAGGGUAUGUACGCUGGAAGCCGGAGCCACGUCGCCUGUUGACUGAGGAGGAGUAUCAGAAGGAGGGGGAGGAAGAGACGCGGCGUGCUCUGGAGGAGCUGAGGAAGCUCUGCAACAGCCCAGAGUUCAGUCCGUGGAAAACAGUGUCCAGACUGCAGUCCCCAAAAAGGUUUGCUGAUUUUAUUGAGGGGUCUCCUCACCUGAUGCCAAAUGAGGUGUCUGUCCACGCGCAGGAAUACGGCUUUGGAGGAUCUUUUUUUGAGGAUGAAUUUUUUGACACAGACGACGAGGAAGACGACAUUAAGCCCAUGAUGAAACCGGAGUGAGACGCCACCGUGUUAUAACAAGUAUGAAAACAAAGACUGUUACAUUAUUGCCUUUCAGAAAGGUGUCCGGAGAGCAGCUCUCCGAGGCUUCUGUGCAAACUUCCGGUCUGAUUUCGAGUGAUUAUUGUCGAGGCUGGAUUUGGUCAAAAACAUGGAUUGUGAUUUCAGUCAUGAGAGGCACCACAACAAAAAGUGACUGACAGUCACAGACAGAACAGUGGUCAUUUCUGUUAUCAGCAUUAAAAAUGGCGAAACAGUGUAGUUUCAAAGACUGUGCACUAAAGCCAGAUCUCUUCUUUUUUUUAGGGAACAAAGGCUUCUGUUAAAUUUGAGGUUACAGAUCCGUUGAUACUCGAUUGGGACCUUUUUUCGGAGGUCAAAACAAGUGAACUUUCUACUGUGUGGUGAUAGUUUGUGUUGUCUUUUAUUUUAGAUAAAGGUUUUACGUUUUCAAAACCGUGUUCACAGCCUUUAGCCGCUAAAAGCUCACUGUAAUCAGAGCGUCCAGAUUACAUGCACAGUUUAUCAUGUGACAUGACGACAUCACGAAGCGCUAGGGGAGGAAAAUUUGUUCAAGUUUGUAUUUGACAGUUUUUUCAUUUAAAUGGACAUAAAUGUUCAGAGGUGUU